AUGGAGCCCUACGACCUGAAUCUGGAGAAAGGAGGCGAGUACGUCGUCCUGGAGAAAUGUGACGUGAACUGGUUCAGAUUACGGGCAGCGAGGAACUGUCUGGUGAACGAGCAGAACGUGGUGAAGGUCUGCGACUUCGGGAUGACCAGGUACGUGUUGGAUAAUCAGUACACCAGCUCCAGUGGGGCGAAGUUUCCAGUGAAGUGGUCUCCUCCUGAAGUCCUGCACUACAGCAAGUACAGCAGCAAGGCCGACGUCUGGUCCUUCGGUGUGGUGAUGUGGGAGAUCUACUCUGAGGGGGCGACUCCCUUUGAGUGCCGCUCUAACACGGAGGUUGUCAUGGAGAUCACGGGAGGAGGAAGACUGUACCGACCUCACAGAGCAACACAAGCAGUUUACAGCAUCAUGUACCGCUGCUGGCACGAGAAGCCUCAGGGUCGCCCGUCCUUCUCCGAGCUCCUGGAGGACAUCAGGAAACUGGCAGAAAAUACGGAAUAAUCCACACUUUAAUUGUAUAUAUCGCUGAUUAUUAUUAUUAUCAAACUGUUCUUCUGAAUGUACACAGAUUAUGUUUUUGUUUAUUGUAAAUAAAUAUUUUUACAUUAAAA